UCACCGGGUGCAGGACCAUCCUUCACGCGAAACAACAACCCUUUAGCAGUCUUUUAAGAGCCAAGCUACCUCCACCACCAUGAAGUUUGAGAUGGCUGCUACAUUGGCGUUGGCCGCCGGGUCUUCGGCGUUCGUUGCUCCCUCCGUUCCCUUGAACACCCGCGUUGCUUCGUCGAGCGCAUCCUCGAAGACGAGCAUGAUGGCGGGAGACCGGUCGAAGUCGCUGCCGAUGCUUCCCCAGCCUCCUCUGCUGGACGGCUCCAUGGCCGGCGACGUCGGCUUCGACCCGCUCGGCCUCUCCAGCAUCGCCGGGCUCGCGGGCGCGGACCUGUACUGGAUGCGCGAGGCGGAGCUCAAGCACGGGCGCGUUGCCAUGCUCGCAACUGUGGGCGUGCUCUGGUGCGACGCCUUCGGCUCCCUGCCGGGCUUCCCCUCGGGCGUGAACCAGAUGAAGCUCUUCUGGGAGGUGUGGGCGGAGAAGCCCCAGUACGUUGCGGCCGGGAUCAUCUUCUGCGGCAUCGCCGAAAUCAUCUCGGGAAUCGCCACGUCGUUGGGCCAGGAGUCGGGGGACCGGGCACCGGGAGACUUCGGCAUCGACCCCCUCAAGCUCGACAAGAACCCAGAGAAGAAGGCCAAGCUCGAGCUGCAGGAGAUCAAGAACGGCCGCUUGGCCAUGUGGGCGGCGGCGGGGAUGAUCAUGCAGGGCCUCACCACCGACGGGGGAGCGAUGGACAACCUCUUCGGCUAAUUUAGUAACCGGACAUGACGUUUGGCUGCCUCUGGGCCUGAGGUCCUGUUCGCAUCACAUCGUGGACGUUGUGAAAACGACGGCUUCUUGUGGCCUGCUAUCAUGCCGCUUUCGGGAGGCGGGUUGGGACAGGGGAUGCUCGGGGAGGGGGGCAGAAACGCCACCGUACGUUGUGCUGCUCCGCCUUACUCCACAAUCGACAAAUGAGCACAUAGCACAUGGAUUGUGUUGUUGGUUGUGGAUACCUCUCGGGAGACUUGUGCGCCCUUUGGACCAGUCGGCUAGAUCGGGUAUUGCCUUUGUGGUGGCGGUCGAAGCGUUGAAGUUUGUGCGUGCACGUCCAGCGUGAGAGUUUAUUGUUUCCCGUACUAACCGUGAUUCGGAAAACCAAAGUGCUGCAGCCACUUUGUUUUUCUGAUGUAUUAUCUCGCUACGAACAGGCGCUCGAAGUAGUCGUUUGGACCAUCGGUGGCCCUGCAGACUAGCAGCUGGGAACACGCCCCGAUCCCUGCGUCCUUUCUCUUUGCAAGGUUUUUUAGUUCGUAUUGUUGUUUUUGGACGCACGCGCUUGACUGUUCUUGAAAGGAUUCGAACAGGCAUGUUUGCACACCCCAUAGAUGUCGGCACGUAUACGGUAGCAUUUGCCACAGGGUGGUUGCCACUAAUUGCGUGUGGGCUUUUUAGAUGCGCCAUCCGUUAAUGGUUUUCGCAAACCGUCAGGUACAACACUUGUUCUCUGGUUUGUCCAAGAGCAACUUCGAACAAGACAGUGGAACCUUUCUUUGUCGAGUUCCUUUUGUGACAAAACUCUCUUUUUGACAGCGUGAUGAAUCUCACACAAGUUUGGUUGCACGAUUCUGUUGUGCUCUCCGUGCGUGCGUGCGUGCGUUGUUGGACGUUGCCGCUCGUGCGUGCGUCUAUGACAACCAUCCGGGGUCCAACGAGCAACGCUCGCUGAAAAAGUGUUUGCCCCUGGUUUGCUGUUCACUUGCCCCACCUACCGCCGACGAAAGUCAACCAUGUUGCCCUCGCGCGUGUGUGUAGUAAAGGCGGUGUGACAUGAACUGCUGUGCGUCGUCACCGUUUGAAUUGGUUGUGACAAUA